AACCCGCCCUCGCCCCCCUCACCACCGUCCUCCAUCCACCAUCAGCGCCGCCAUCCACUCCAUCACCACCACCACCGCCAACCAUCGCCAUCGUCACCUCACCGCUGUCCAGUCACCAUGUCUGGCGCCAAGGUGCCCGCGACAAAGUCCAAGGUCGUCGUCCUCAGCCUGUCGCCCGUGAAACUCACCCAGUUCCCUCACGAGCCGCCAUCCAAACCAGCCUCCGACUCAUCAAAGACCUCGUCGUCUCCUGAGACCUCCACCACCCUUCCUGUCGAGCCCACUCCUGCCGACACCCCCGACGCCUCGUCGACUCCUGUUCCCGGUGCAGACAAUGGCCUGCUCGCUCCGCCAGGCGCCAACAACAGUGCGAAGAAGAAGGGUGCUGCUGCGCCAAAGGCCGGCACCAAGAGGAGUGCGGCGGCUAUAGAUGGCGUGCCAAAACCGCGCGGCAAACCAGGACCCAAGAAGAAGCAGAAGCUCGGCGACAUGAUCAACGACCCCAACCACAAAGGCCCCUACGCCAUACCUGCCCCCAUCAAGCUCGGCCCCAAAGCCAACAUGGGCGCCAUCAACGCCGGCCUCCGCGCGCUCGAUCGCACAGGCAAGCCGUGCCGUAAAUGGGAGAAGAAGGGCUUCCAGGUCCGCAGCUUCACUGGCGUCGCUUGGGACGUUCCUACAUGGCGCGCUCCUAAGAAGGCAGCCAUCUUCGCCGAAGACGUCAAGAGCGAUUCGGCCGGUUCUACAGAUGACAAGCCCAAGGAUGAGAGCAGUGCCAUCAGCGAGAAGAGCGGUGCACUGCUUGAUGCUGGCACACCUGUGCCGCCGCCAUUGAACGGUCUGGCCAGCUCACCGGCUCCCGUUGCUGCUGCGUCUUAG